GUUUCAAUACACAAUUUAAAAAAAUGGAAAGUCUGUUUAGUUUAGAAUAUUUAAUUUAGUAACUCAAUACAAAACCAAUAGCUGGUAAUACGAAAAAUCGUAUUGAGAAAUUUAUAGAAAUAUUAGAUAAACCUAAGAUUAAUUUGAAUGAAUUGAGAAAGCUUUCAAAUUUAGGUGUGCCUGAUGAUAUUAAGGGCUUAAGAUCGUUGGUUUGGAAGUUAUUGUUAGGGUAUCUUCCAGCAGAGAGGACGAAAUGGAAUUCUACAAUUACUACAAAUAUUUAGAAUUAUGAGUAAUUUUGUAUGGAUUUGAUAAAAUCAAAAUUACAAAAACAAAUGACCGAAUCGAAUGAAUAUGAAGAUUAAGAAAAUAAAUAAAAUAUAAAAAAAGAUCAUCCAUUAAGCAAAUCAUAAUAAUCUAUUUGGAAAAGCUUUUUUGAUGAUUAAGUAAUAUGGGAAGAAGUAGAAAAAGACACAGUAAGAACAAGAGCAGAAUUAUCUUUCUUUGUUUCUCCAACAUAGAUACCUAAUAAAUAUCCAGUUUAUUUUCGAACUUAAUGUAGAAGAGAAAGGAGAUUGUAAUAAGAUUAUGAACAUCGACAUUAUGAUGUAUUAACAAGAAUUUUAUUUAUUUAUGCAAAGUUAAAUCCAGCAAUCAGAUACGUGGUAUUAAUUUAUAUUUAUUCAAGCAAGGAAUGAAUGAAAUAUUAGCUCCAUUAUAUUAUGUAUUCUAUAGUGAUACAAAUGAAUUAUUUUUAUAAUCUGUUGAAAGUGAUGCAUUUUUCUGUUUUACAAUAUUUAUGGCUGAUGCUAAAGAAAGGUAUUAUCUAAAUAUAGAAUAUUAGUUUUUUGCGUUCACUAGAUGACUCAUAAGAUGGAAUUAAGUAUAAAAUGAAUAAAUUAAAUGAAUUGUUAAGAAUUCAUGAAAUUGAAAUAUGGGAUAAUUUAUAAAAAUAAGGGGUUCAUCCUCAAUUUUAUAGUUUAAGAUGGAUAAUGUUAUAUCUGACUUAAGAAUUUGAAUUACAUGGCGUUUUUCUCUUAUGGGACAGUAUAUUAAGUCAUUUUGAUAAAAAUAAAUAUUUGCUUUACUUAUGUCUGAGCAUUCUAAAAGAGUUAAAGCCUUCUUUGUUAGGAGAUGAUUUUACAGAUAUAAUGGAGGGAUUAUAGAAAGUAGGUAAAAUUGAGGUUGAAAAGAUCUUAUAAAUAGCAUCCCAGAUAUAUCAACCUAAUUGA